AUGCCCUCCCAGGCUUCAAAGGAGUCGUCAGCUGGCCUGGAGCUGUCCCCCCUCUCUUCAAAAUCCGACUCUCCCAUCAAGCAUCAUAGCGAAAAGGCUCAGGACCACUCCGCUGCAACUCUCCACGACGGCAGCCAUCAUGACCACGGCUCCCACAAGUCUCCCUCUAACGACUCCCCUUCCGAUACCGCUACCAACUCCUCUGAUGAGUUUGACUGGGAAGCUGAAGAUGACGCUGAGAACGAGAAGGAUCUAGAAAAGAAGCGCAAGACCAGGCGUGGAAGGAAGAUCUAUGGUUUAUUCAUGAAGCUUGCCAGGCCGAUUCGUACUGCUAUCGUUGCUAUUAUUGGAGCGGGUAUUUUCAUCACGCCCCUCCUUGUCGUGCAGUUCCGGUUCCGGGACAGCAUUGUUAGGCCGCAUGUCCAUAUGUGGUCCCUUUGGCUGUCUAUCACCUGGGCUGCUAGCUCAGUGACUUAUCUGGUCGUUGAUCUCAUUCCGAGGUUUAUCAUUUUCGUCGUUAUGCUCUUCCAUGGUCAAGUGGAAAACCUCAAAACACAGAUAGAGCUGGUCUAUGCGGUGUCCGGAUGGUUAAAGCUAGCUUUGGAUGUAGCAUGGUCUUGGAUCGCCUUAUCUGUCCUGCGAGCUGCAAUGCAUCCUCCUGGGUCGUAUUGGGUCACUAUCAAUCGGGUCAUGCAGGCGUUGUUUGCGGCGAGCAUAAUAUUGCUUGUAGAGAAGCUCUUCCUUCGUUUCGUUGCCAUCCGUUUCCACCAGAAGGCUCUUGCAGAUCGUCUAGCCGAGAACAAACUUGGUUUAAAGGCACUAGAUCGUUUAUCUAACGCCACACCUGCUGCUGCUGCAACGUUAAGGUUACCGUAUAUCACGGGCAAGAAAAAGGGUCAUAAAGGCAGUAAUCAAAAUUCUCGAAGAGGUGCUGCUGAUCCGGCUGAUCAUGGGAAACCUGCGAAAAUGAGUAGGAAGAGGAGGCGCAAAGCUAUUGGUGCUAUGAUUGUUGAUCAGCUUGGUGAUGCUAUUGGUCAAGUUACGCUGAAGGAUAGCAAAUUCAAUAAGGGUGGCGAACUUACUGGUCUACAUUCCGCGAGAAGACUUGCUCGUCAGCUCUUUUCGACACUUAGCGACGUUCAUCCUCCGAGAAACUAUCUGAUUGUUGAGGAUUUCUACCCGUACUUCCGUACCACGGCUGAAGCGGCAGCAGCUUUCGCUAUUUUCGACAAGGAUGGCAAUGGUGAUAUCACCAAGAAAGAGAUGCGCGAGGCUGUUCAACGAAUAUACAGAGAACGGAAGGCACUCGUAUCUAGUCUCAAGGAUGUUGGAAGCGCUGUCGCAAAACUUGACGCAGUACUUGUUUGCAUUGCCUUGAUGAUAAUUGUAUUCGUCUGCCUAUUAGUAUUUAAUCCGACCAAUACCAUUUCUUCUCUCGUGCCGCUGGCGACGAUCGUUCUCGGCUUUUCGUUCGUUUUUGGAAACUCAGCUCAGACGUUGUUUGAAUCACUUAUUUUCAUAUUCUCGACUCACGUAUUUGACGUUGGUGACUUGGUGCUGAUUGAUGAUAACCCCCUCUUCGUUCGCGAGUUCGGUCUGUUUUCAACGACUUUCCGUCGUGUUGAUGGUCAGGAAAUUAUCGCUCCCAACUCGCUCUUGGCAAAGGAAAAAUUGGUGCAUAACUUGAGACGUAGCAAUUCGAUGUGGGAGAGCACGAAUAUCCAAAUUGGGUAUGAUACGCCGCUAGAAGUGGUUGAGACGUUGCAGCAAAAAUUGAAAGCUUACGUUGCACAAAAUAACCGAGAAUGGUCGAAUGUCGCUGUGAAUAUUGAUAAGAUGGAGUACCAGAAUGCGUUAACGCUGAUCAUUGCGAUGGAACAUCGACCAAAUUGGCAAGACUGGGGAGGCCGUUGGGCAAGACGUAAUCUGUUCAUGCGACACCUAAAGACAAUUCUCGAAGAACUCGACAUCAACUACACCUUACCUAUUCAACCGGUUCUUUUACCAAGAGAAAAUCCGUAUGAUGGGAAUUCGCUUCGCGUUCCGUCGAGGUUCACUCAGUCGAGAGAGUCGUUUGGGAAUGCUGGGUAUCAUCAGGAUGAUAUUUAUAGAGCUCCUCCUGGCGGUGGGUUGGGGCCGUCGCUUAGAGUGCCUGGUGACCAGUAUUGA